AUGUCUCAACAUGAGGGCAUGUCGUUAAGCGAAAAGUAUCAACACUUGUUUGCAAAGAAGAAUACUACUAAUACCAAUACUAUUAAUAAUAACAAUAACACAAUAUUAAAUUCCUCAACUCUCUCUUCAAUCAAUGUACAAAAAACUAAUAUACCGAGCACCAUCACUAAUUCAUCAUCAUCAAUAACAAGCCUUUAUUCGAGUCGACCAUCAACUUCUACAACAUCAUUCAUUAGAGGAAAUGGAAUCAAGGAACCUAUUGCAAUGUCUUCCAUUCCUUCUUCCUCUGUACCUACCACCACCACUACCACAAUAAGAAAUUCAUCAUCUUGGUCAUCAACAUUACCAGCAACAAUGAAGGAAAAUUCUCAUCACAAUAUUUCAUCAUCAACCUUAUCACUAUUAAAUAAUUACAAAAUAUCAUUGGGUGGAUUUAAGAGAGAACUUUCACCUUCCUCUGUUAGAAAGAAUUUGGAUGUACCAUCUUCUUCAAUGGAUCAAGAUGAUCAUCAAAUUCAUGACCUUACUUCAUCUCAUAAUCCAACCUCAACCUCAACAAUUUGA